UGAGUUGUCGUCCAGAAAAGAAAUUAGUUACAGUGCAUAAAACCGAAGAACAGAGGAGUAAUUUUCUUUAUGCAGAUCUAUAUAAUCUGCAAAAACAUACGUGACGCCAUUCAAAAAAUGUUAUCUUAUUAUUAUCAUCAUUAAUUAAAUAAAUAAAUAAAUAAAAGAAAAAGAGUAUGAGCGGAAAAUCUUGCAUUCGUUAAUUCAUCUUCUUCGUUAUUGAGAAUCAGAACAGAGCACAGAUCUCAACUACUUCUUCGUCUUCAAUGCAAUGGGGAGAGCCUCGAUUUUCGUGUACAUCGGUGUAGCCGUAGUGCUCCUCUUCUUCCUGUCGCGCUCACCACACAACCACCACUCCUCCACCCACCGCCACCGCCGCCUAAGGCUCCGCUCCAACUUCACCCUAACUCCAUCCCACCACCACUCCCACCAUGACCACGUCGCCUUCGACCCCCUCGUCGCCGAGAUCGAGCGCCGCCGCGAGGACAAGCAGUGGGAGAUGGAGCACCUCCGCCACAACCACCCCGAACUCGUUCACGAAGACGACUACGACGACUCCGCCCCCGGCCACGAGUCCCAGCCGGAGUGGGAGGACUUCAUGAACGCCGAGGACUACCUCAACGACGAGGACAAGUUCAAUGUCACCAACAGGCUCCUCCUCCUCUUCCCCAAGAUCGAUGUGGACCCCCCCGACGGGUUUGUUAGCGAGCACGAGUUGACUCAGUGGAACGUUCUCCAGUCCAACAGAGAGGUUCUCCACCGCUCCCAGAGGGAGAUGGAUCUCCACGACAAGAACCACGACGGCUUCGUCUCCUUCUCCGAGUACGAUCCUCCCAGCUGGGUUCACAAUUCAGGUGUUGGAUAUGACAUGGGUUGGUGGAAAGAAGAGCAUUUUAAUGCAUCUGAUGCCGAUGGAGAUGGUCUUCUCAACUUAACCGAGUUCAAUGACUUUCUUCAUCCAGCUGACAGCAAAAACCCAAAGCUUCAUCAAUGGCUGUGCCAGGAGGAAAUCCGGGAGAGGGAUACAGACCGUGAUGGGAAGAUCAACUUUAAAGAGUUUUUCCAUGGGCUCUUUGAUUUGGUAAGAAAUUAUGAUGAAGAAACUCACAAUGGUUCACAUCAUUCUGAUAAUUCAAUGGAUGCACCAGCUAGAAUGUUGUUUGCUCAGCUUGACAAAGAUGGAGAUGGGUUCUUGUCAGAUGUUGAACUACUCCCUAUAAUUGGGAAAAUCCAUCCAUCUGAGCACUAUUAUGCAAAGCAACAAGCAGAUUAUAUCAUUUCACAGGCGGACGCUGACAAAGAUGGGCGCCUUAGUUUGACUGAGAUGAUUGAGAACCCAUAUGUAUUUUAUAGUGCCAUUUUCAACGAUGAAGAUGAAGAAGACGACUAUGAUUACCACGACGAGUUCCGGUAAAAUUCUUGUUAGGAUACACCGCACAAACCUAGUUUUUGUUUUUGUGACGAGUCAGUGCAAAGUUAUGACAUAAUAUUGAAAGUUUUUACCUGUUAGGUUCAUAGUCUCAAUCCUGGUGGGGUUGCCAACAUUUGUUGCUUCUUUCCAUUGGUAUUAUAUCUGCUGCGAGUUCUUAGUUACUUUUUUGACUGCGGAAGCCUGUAAUAGAGAUAGAGUGAGAGUCACAGACACCUGCUAUAUUAGUUGGAGAACAAUAGAAUAUCUCAAUUUCAAUGUAAAACUUGUAUAAUAUACAGAUUUUCAAGUCACUGGCUGAGUAACACAUGAAUGGAUAAUAUUUGUACCAUAUGAUGAUGAUAAUGAUCUUGGUGGUUCUAGA